AUGUACUACGUCGACCCCGCCUCACUUGACGACCUCCAGACCCGUGUAGAAUAUCUGCGGAAUUUCAUCGACUUUACAGCGGACGACGCUGCCGCUCUGCAUGCCGCUAAGGACGUCGUCGCACCGUUGGUGCCGGCUAUCGUCGACGCCGUCUAUGUCAAGCUUUUGUCGUUCGACAUCACCGCCAAGUCGUUUGUGCCACGCCAGACGGGCUAUACCGGCGAGGCCCCGACGAAGCUCGAAGACCUGAACGCUGAGCACCCCCAGAUCAAGUUUAGGAAGGAUUUCUUGGGCCGGUACCUCGUCAAGCUCGUCACGAUGGACUAUUCGAAGGCGGAGAGCUGGGAGUACCUCGACAAGGUCGGUCUGAUGCACACUGGCGCUGCUGGGUUCAAGCACUGCAUUAGCAAGCCCGCGCUGAGGGUGGAAUACAUCCAUUGCGCUAUCCUGCUGGGAUAUGUCGAGGAUAUCCUCGUCAACACCGUGAUUACCCACCCCACACUCGAUAUCCCCACCAAAAAUGCUGUCGCUCGCGCAGCGAACAAGCUUCUCUGGAUACAAAACGACCUCUUCGCCCGCCACUACAUCAAGAACGAGACCGAAGUCCUCACUCAGUCCGACGACACCAUCACCGUGAAGAAGUCGACCGCGGCUGCCACAGCCCUGGCCUUCCUAGUUCUCGGUGCUGUCUACGCCAAGGUCUUCCGGUCGUAA